ACCACUCUCGCAUGCUCUCACCGCCGCGCAUGCUUGCUCUCUGUUCCCGACAUUCGGGCGCCUCCCGUCAACAUCUUCUUUCCCAACAAUGCCGGUGCCUCGAAGAAACUGUGCCUUCUCCCAAGCACCUAGCACCCAUCUCCUUGCCUUAGGCGUCCUUACCUCUGUCGCCCUUGCCUUGGCACCUACGUCCUCGCUUCUAGUGCCUGCCUCGCCUCUGGCACCUGUUUUGGCAUCUCUUUCCUCUUCUCAAUCUCUUGGGAAUGAGCCUUUUGAGUCUCUAAAAGCUCAGCCUAACUCUGCAUCUACUCUCAUGCAAGCAACCUCAGUCUCCAGCUUAGUAGCUCUAUCGCGAGUCGCCAAAAGCUCAGCCUAA